AUGUCGCGCCAUCACCCCGAUCUCGUCAUGUGCCGCAAGCAGCCCGGCAUCGCCAUCGGUCGCCUCUGCGACAAGUGCGACGGCAAGUGCCCUGUGUGCGAUUCCUACGUGCGCCCGACCACGCUCGUGCGCAUCUGCGACGAGUGCAGCUUCGGCAACUACCAGAACAAGUGCGUGGUCUGCGGCGGCGAGGGCAUCUCUGACGCCUUCUACUGCUUCGAGUGCACGCGCCUCGAGAAGGACCGCGACGGGUGCCCAAAGAUCAUCAACCUGGGUAGCUCACGGACAGAUUUAUUCUACCAGAAAAAGACAAAUCGAGCGCCGAAUUACUAA